AUGGAAUUGGAGGUUACACCGCCGGAGCUGCCACAGGACGUACUGAUGGAUAUAUUUGCCCUCCUGGAGAUCCCUGACCUUGUACGCGCUGCAUCCGUCUGCCCCUCAUGGUGCUCCGCAAACACCAGCCUACAGAAGCUUGGGCAGUACAAACGCCCCCAGACGCCGUGCCUGCUCUACACCUCUGAAACCGAUGGAGAGAGCGAUGCGCGGCUCUACAGCCUUGUGGAGAAGAGGUCGUACAAGCUAACACUCCCGGAGCCGCCUAUCCGCGGAAGAUAUCUGAUCGGCUCCUCAAACGGCUGGCUAGUUACCGUCGAUGAUAGGUCUGAGAUGCAUCUUCUCAAUCCUAUCACCUGGGAACAGAUUGUUCUUCCGUCCGUCAUCACCCUCGACCCGGUAGCACCCAUCUUCGAUGAGACAGGUGCCUUGUGCAAGUAUAAUUUUACGAGUCAUGAAUGGUGCCCACCUUUUACCGCUGAUCUUGACGAGCUACGGUGGUGCCUCCAUGACAGGGCAUUUGUGUUCUAUGAUACAUCCGUGAAACAUUAUAUCGUGGUGCUCAUCCACUAUCCACGUGGACAGCUUUCGUUCGCUUGGUUAGGGGAUGACAAGUGGACCUUGCUGCCACCGCACAGAAACUUUCAUGACUGCCUUUACAAGGAUGGCCUUUUAUAUGCUGUGGCUCAACAAGGAGAAAUCUUUGCAUUUGAUGUCAGAGGCCCUAUGGUCACAGAAAAGUUAAUUGCUCCUUGCGGUGAUCUGCUGCAAGUUUGGAGAAUAGAUGAAGAUGUGGAUAGCGCGCCUUAUGAUAUACAUGUUGGGAAGGUCGAUAUAUUUAAAGUUGAUACUGCGUUGGCAAAGCUUGUGAAAAUAAAUAGCUUGGAUGAUCUUGUGUUGGUUCUUGGGUAUAACCAAUCGCUUUGUCUCAGUGCUGAAGAAUAUCCGGGGCUGAAGGCAAAUCAUGUCUACUUUACGGAUGAUCAUGGCUUUAAUAUUUUUGGACACAAGGAUAACCGUCGUGAUAUUGGAGUCUUUGACUUGGCAAAUAACACUAGAGGGGAACUUGUAUCCCCUCAGCUUUGGUCCAACUGGCCUCCUCCCAUCUGGAUAACUCCUGCAAUUACAGAGUUGUGCCCAACAACAGUUCCACCGCACACAACAACAGUUUCGAGUUCACAAUUUUGUAAUCAAGCGUGCCUGCGAGCCGCUUACAUUUUCUUUUGUAUUGUCUGUGCCUACGUCAUCGGUUGGGGCUAUAUAGUGUAA